AUGUCGCGCAACCACAACCGUACCCGUACCCGCAAAUGCAACAGCAACCGCGAACAGAGAGCACAGAGUCAUCCCUCUCCAAAAUCUCAGCCUCGCCAGGAGAGAUGCAGCCGCCGGGCCCAGGACACUCCACAGGGUCAACCGCGUGUUACGGUGCGCAUGGACCGACGCAGAAGCCAAGUCAGGUCCUCCCAACCUACUUGUGAGGAAGCCCACACUGGGCUCUCUGGCCAGCAAGAGGUGGAAAAAAUCCUUGCAGAUAUUUCUGGUAAGCUAUUGCCUAUGUUUGGGCUGUUAUGUGACAUUCUGGAGAGGAUCUUGGAUGAGAGCGAUGACGAGGGGUCCGAUGACGAUGGGGGACGACAAUGCCGGUGA